AUGGAGCCGUCCCUCUCCCGCACGGCAAGUACAGAGAGCACUCAGUCAUGGCAACAGCUCGCCACGGCGAGCGGCGCGUCAGCAACGGGCAGCAGAAAGGCACGAUCGAGCGAGCCAGAGACGGGCGCCGCCACGGUUGGGCGGGCGAGCGUGUCAGUGCCUCCGCUGAGCGCAAAAGCGAUUCGACAGAGCCUGCCCGGCCGGCGAGCAUCCAAAGCCUCAGAUAGCAGUUUUCUCGAGUACCUAGGCAAUGCCUGGUCUGGGUCCGCCAUCGACGAGACCGAUGGCUCGUCGACGCUAGACAACUCGCGCGCAAGUCUUGCAAGCGCCCCCGUCAAUCCCCAGCUGCUGCCGGACUCGUUCCGACAUGGCACACACGCCGCCGCCGCUGCGCCUGCAGAAUCCAAACGGCUAUCCAUCUCGUCCUUUGUGUCGGCCCUGUCACAUCGUGGAUACAGUUGGAGUGGUAGGAGCUCGGUAGCCGGCUCAGAGCCCGAAGCCAGAAUGGAUAACCCUCAUGGAACCACGACGGCCACCACUUCCUUCUCCGUCACUACCUCGAGCCAAAAUGGCAGUCUCGGCACAAAGCCCUCGCCCACGCAAUUGCUCUUCCAACAUGACCAGACUGCCCCCAGCAAUCAUGCCCAGGGCUCCUCCUCUUCCCCCACCACCACCACCAACAACAACGCUAUCCCACCACAUCCUGCCUCUCCCCAGCUUAACCCGCCACCCCUCUCGUCCCAGCCCCGCCGCUCGCGAAGCCGUACCGCCCAAAGACGCAUUAGUGGAAGCACUGCUCCGAGCAGUAGCCCGGCCAGUAGAGACAUGCGCGAGAAGAAGCCCACAAAGGGCAUAAUUGGCGUCUGUGCCCUCGAGUCAAAGGCCCGCAGCAAGCCCGCACGCAAUAUUUUUGGAAAGCUCGUCGACGAGUUCGAGGUCAAGAUCUUUGGUGACAAGAUUAUCCUCGACGAGGCCGUGGAGAACUGGCCCAUCUGCGACUUCCUCAUUUCCUUCUUUUCAGACGGCUUUCCCCUCGACAAAGCCAUUGCCUACACCCGGCUACGGAAGCCCUUUUGCGUCAAUGACUUGCCCAUGCAGCAGGUCUUGUGGGACCGUCGUCUGUGUCUUGGCAUCCUCGAUAAGCUCAAUGUGCCCACACCGAAGCGCAUUGACGUGAGUCGAGACGGUGGACCAAAACUGCCCUCUGCCGAGUUUGCAAAGACUCUGUACGAGCGAACUGGCUUAAAGCUUGAGGGUCCUGAGGACGGCACCGGAGGCGGCCUGCCCGCGCCCAAGAAAGUCGAGCUGAUCGACGACGGCAACACCAUUUUUGUAGAUGGUGCCACCCUUACCAAGCCUUUUGUGGAGAAGCCCGUGAGUGGUGAAGACCACAAUAUUCACAUCUACUUUCACAAGAAAGAUGGCGGUGGUGGCAGGAGACUCUUCAGGAAGAUCAACAACAAGAGCUCUGAGAAGGACGACACUCUUGAAGUACCAAGGGCCAUUACUGAACCAGGAAGCAGCUACAUCUACGAACAGUUUCUGCGGGUCGAAAACUCGGAGGAUGUCAAAGCAUAUACUGUCGGACCCAGUUUCUGCCAUGCUGAAACAAGGAAAUCACCAGUCGUCGACGGUCUUGUUAAGAGGAACCCAAGCGGCAAGGAAGUCCGCUAUGUAACAAAGCUGAGCGAUGCAGAGGCCGCUAUUGCAUCGAAGAUAUCAGAAGGCUUUGGCCAACGCGUGUGUGGCUUUGACUUGCUUCGCACUGGAGAACAGAGCUACGUCAUCGAUGUCAAUGGUUGGAGUUUUGUCAAAGACAACGGCGAUUACUACGACAGAGCAGCCACUAUUCUCAAGGACAUGUUCCUCAAGGAAAUUGCACGCAAGCAGCAUAAGAAUGCCGCCCAGUAUGGCACUGCUGAUGCGCAAUCUGGCUCAGAGGGUACUUCCGGUACUGGCGCUGGAACUAAGAAUGGAUCAGGCCAUCGCAAGACUCUAGGCAAGCUCUUCAAGAGCCCCAGCAUGUCCAAGAUGGUGCACCCUGGCCCGAUCCAUGCUCAUCUUCCACACAUGAGACAAUCCAGCACUAUGCCCUCUUCGCCUGAGACAUCGUUGAGUACAACACCCGUUGCAACUUCGCCCGGGUUUGAGAGGCCCAAUGCUUCGGCACUGCUCAACCCGACAACACCCCCUUCUACAACACUCCCCCAAGGCAUAGUGUCUGAUCCUGACAUGCCGCUUCCGUCUGCAUUCGAAGACGACGACGAAGACGUGGAUCUUGAACCGGAAAGAUCAAUGUCGACCGAUCAUGUUGACGUGCCACCUCCUGCGACUGCAGCACAAUGGAAACUAAAGGGUGUCGUCUCAGUCAUCCGCCAUGCUGACCGUACGCCCAAGCAAAAGUUCAAGUACACUUUCCACAGCAAGCCCUUUGUCGACUUGCUCAAGGGGCAUCAGGAGGAAGUGCUCUUGAUUGGCGAAGCGGCCUUGCAGAGCGUCAGUGAUGCAGUAAAGGUGGCCAUGGAAGAGGGCAUAGAGGAUCCGAGGAAACUGCGUGAACUGCAAUUAUACUUGACGAAGAAGGGAGCAUGGCCUGGCACCAAGGUACAAAUCAAGCCAAUGUUCCGAAAGAGGAGAAAGGAAGAGUUGCAGCCGGGAGAAACGCUACCUGAAGAGACACCCGAAGCGCAAAAGCCGGAUCCGAUAGGAACUGAAGGCCAAGAUGCGGCGGACAAAGCAAACAAGGAUGACGAGCCGGAGCUACUCAAGAACCGCAGCGAUUCCAUGUCUGGCGUCACCUUGUCUCGCAUCACCGCCCAAGAUAACAACAUGAUUCUCGAUAAGCUACAGCUGAUCAUCAAGUGGGGAGGCGAGCCAACCCAUUCUGCUCGACACCAGACCCAAGAUAUGGGUGCAAACUUCCGCAACGAUCUCUUAUUGAUGAACAGAGACGUACUUGACGACGUACAUAUCUUCAGCAGCUCAGAACGGCGAGUCACGACCAGCGCACAAAUCUUCGGUGCAUCUUUCCUAGACAGGGAUCAGUAUCUGGCCGAACACAUCCAAGUUCGCAAAGAUCUGCUCGAUGAUUCCAACGCAGCCAAGGAUGUCAUGGAUAAGGUCAAGAAGAAGCUUAAGACUCUUUUGCGCGCUGGUGACAAGGCUCCGCCACAGUUUGCUUGGCCCAAGGACGUGCCUGAGCCAUAUCUUGUCGUCAGGCAGGUAGUAGAUCUCAUCAAGUUCCACCAACGCGUCAUGAACCACAACUUUAAGAAGAUCGAGACGGAAGCCAUCUCAUCACUAGCUGCACUAGCGUCGCCAACAUCCGGAUCGCAACCAGAGCAGUCUCAGUACACCAAUGUCAGCCACAUCCAGUCCCGUUGGUGCUGUAACGAAGGCCCUGAACUGUUCAAGGAGCGCUGGGAGAAACUGUUCAAGGAGUUUGGCGAUGCCGACAAGGUCGAUCCUAGCAAGAUAUCUGAACUCUACGACACGAUGAAGUUUGAUGCUCUUCACAAUCGCAGUUUUCUCGAGUGGGUGUUUACGCCUGAUGCCACUUUCGUGGACGAAGAAUCCAUCGCCGAUGGCUCGAAGCAAACCACGCCCGACAAUUCAUCUGCUAAAUCGAUACCUGUGGGCCUAACUCCAUCGGAAGCCCAGUUGAAAGCGGAAGCGAAAGAGAAAGAGCAGAACGCUGAGAAACCUCAAGAGAAGGAGAGGGGCAGCUUGUCUCACCGUAUGGGCUUCAGGCGCAGGUCUGAGGUUGCGAUCAAGGCACCUGCGGCACCAUCUUAUGCGCACGAAUCGUACUUUAAGUUGUACUCUGGCGUUGGAACGACUUCCUCAAAGCCUCAGGCAGACGCGCGUCUCGUCAAGCUGCGCGAGAUGUACCAUCUCUGCAAGGUUCUCUUCGAUUACAUUGGUCCUCAGGAGUAUGGUAUCGAGAGCGAAGAGAAGCUGGAGAUAGGGUUACUUACCUCACUCCCCCUGCUCAAGGAGAUUGUCGGAGAUCUUGAAGAACUCCAAGCAUCCGACACUCCAAAGAGUUUCUUCUACUUCACCAAGGAGUCGCACAUUUACACCCUGCUCAACUGCAUUCUGGAAGGUGGUAUCAAAACAAAGAUCGAACGCAACGCUAUUCCCGAGCUCGAUUACUUGUCACAGAUCAACUUUGAACUCUAUGAGUCUGAGAAUGCUAGCAUCGGUGAUCAACCGCAUACCUUCAACUACAGCAUUCGUAUCACGUUGUCGCCGGGUUGUCACGCUUUUGCUCCGCUUGACGUGCAACUCGAUUCGAGACACAUGAUUGGCUUCGCUCCUCGCCGCAGUCUGACUCUCCACCAGGACUGGAAAGAAGUCCUCGAGACGCUCCGCGCAAAGUUCCACACCGUCAAACUCCCCAAAUCCUUCGUCGCUAUUGACCUUAGCGAAAAGGUGCCCGAGGCUUUUGAACGACACACCAACCCCAAGGGUAAGGAGCAUAACAUGAUGGAUAGCGAGGAGCGCGGUCGAACCGAGGAGAGGGGCGAAAGCACAUCCCUGUUACCUAUCACGAAUGAGAAGGGGAAUGUCUUUUCGCCCACCGGAGGGGUGGUUAGUCCUGAGCAUUCGCAGCUUAAGGAGAUGAGUCCCACGGAUUUGCCUCCGCCGAUGAUGGAUGAGAAGGAGUAA